GUGCAUAGCACUCAGUAUUGCAGACUGACCAACAAAGGGGUGUGCUUGCCUAAAGAGCGGUGAGGGGUGGGGUCGGGGAGUCGAUAACCCAACUCCAGGCGGUUGCCUGGCGACAUGUUUAGCCUCCAGCAGCGGCCAGUCCAGUCGCACCCGGAGGCUCCGGGAGGACGCUCCAGGGGAUGUCCUCUGGCCGCGGCGGCGGGCUGGCCGUGCCCGGCACGAGCACGUCCGGGGCGAGCGGCGCGGCCGUGCGCAGACCCGCGCGGCAGACCGUGGACUUCAGCCUCAAGGGCCCCGUGCACGUGACGCUGGACGAGACGCCGGCCGGCCCGCCCGGCUGCUCCGUCGUGGACCUGCUCUUCGCCGCGCCCUCCCAGGUGUCCGAGCUCGUCUUCCACAACUACUACACGGCAUGGCUGACGGUGCUGGUGCGCAUGCUGGUGGCCGCCCCGGGCCCUGGACCCGGCCCCGCUCCCGAGCUGGGCACCCCGGGACAGCCGCAGCAGACCGAGCAGGGACAGCUGCAGUCGGGCGACGCGGUGCCAGCUGUGCCAGCUGCGCAGGUGCAGCAGCAGGUGCAGGGAGACGCGAGCAGCAAGCUGCGCAAGGAGUCCGGCUGGGUGGUGGCCGUGGCCCGGAGAGUGCUCAUGCCCUCGCCGCACCUCGAGACCGGCAGCCACGACUUCGUGUCCAUCCUCGCCACCGAGGUGGGUGCUUCACAGAGUUUAUUUUGUCCAACCAAAGCCACAUAUCACGGUACGUUGGGCGAAGUGAAAGCAUCAAACUCCGUCUUGCAGAGCACGGUGCCAUGGACCGAGCUGGUGGCCAUGCGCCUGGUGCUGCGACAGCCCUCCCCCAGCUGGCACACGUUCCACGUCGAGGAGAUCCACGUGUUCGCCGAACCACCCCGUAGGGCGGUCUGGGGCCGACGACACGGCCCGCCGGCCGCGGCCGCCGUCAGCAGUGGCAGCCCUGCAGUCGGGGCGGGGGCGGCGGUGGGCGGGGCAGCGGACCAGAGUGUGAGCGUACGACUCGGUCCUGAUGCUGCUCCGCCAGCAGACGCAGGCCGCCCUCCGCUCCAACGCCGGCCCCGUCGGCAGCUCCAUGGCCGCGGGCACCAGGACGCCGACGACGCCGACCAGGGUGCCGGCGUACGAGCUCAACAGCCUGCCCCCUGUCUAGAGGACGCGCACCGCGGCUGCACCAGAUGGCCGCGGACGCGCAGCGGAGAGAUAGCGGGGGACAUCGUGGAGGAGAACAACGCCGGGCCCACUUGAAUGAGCGGGGCUGUGA